CCUCAAGAACAACGUCUAACUCCGCCGGAAGAGUCUCCACUGGUUACCUGCAGCCCGACUCUUUCCGAACCUCUUCCCGAAGACGAGGUGUGGCUCGCAAUGUUCCAGCCGUUGCAAGAAUACAAUGCUGCGACGCCUUGGCCUACGAAUUUUCAUGAGCAAUCUCUUUCACAUCCAGCAUGGCAUGCAGAUUGUCCAGAGGGCUAUGCGCCUACAACUCUGGCCGGAUAUCCUGUCAGCAGACAGUUUCCUUUGUACGUCCCAGCAGCUCAUGAUCCAGACAUAGCGUUGGAUGAGAACGGACACUACUGUCUUGAUUUGAUUGCGUGGGACCAAUGUUGCAUGGGAAAAUGUGAUGAAACACUCAUACACGAAGCCAUGGAGACGCUGACAGUAUCUACCCGACCAGACCUGAGUAUACCGGUCCCUGGAGUGAGUAAAAAUUUCGAGAUGCAUCCGUCAGGCCCGUCCGUAAACCCCGCGACGCGCAUGCCACCACCGCCAUCUACCACUCAGGAUGGACAGGACCGAUCGCAUACUCGAGAACAAGUUCAGCAAUCGUCUCAGACUGAAGACUCCGUUUCAAGUACUCAAUCACUCUCCGACAAGCAAUCACAAUCGACUGUACCGGUCGUUCCACAAGAGCAUGAACAGAAUGACGCGUCGCAAUCGAGUAGCCAAGUUCGCACUCCAGAGGAUGCGUCGCAAUCUCAGACCAGUUCGAUAAACAGCCCAACAAGACACAAGAGAACUGCCAGCGGCCUUCUCAAGGCUGUUGACACACCCAACGAUCAAAGACCACGCGCCGAGAGUGUGAGUUCGGCUGGUAGCAAGGCAGGCGAGGUUGCUGCUCAACUCAAAACUCGACUGGCAUAUGCAAUGGUCAAGGUCCAACAUGGCUGGGAACAUCGCAAUAUCAACGAAGUCGAGCAAUUGGCUGCCGCCCUGAACCCACGUAUGGCUGCCUCACCACCAGCAUCCAGUGCACCGAUCGAUAUCCGCUCACCUCCCUCGAAACGACGUUCUGGAGCGGGCAUGGUCACUUGGUCGUUGCCGGACACGAGUCCAGGCUCGAAUGGCUUGUCCCAGAACUCCCGCAUCUUCAGACGGUCAAUGAAACCACUGAGUCGUCCUCACCCAGACUCCCCGACUGGACUGGAGAGAUCGCCCAAGCGGCCCAUAAUCUUAAGUCGUAACAACAGCAGUACUUCAGAAGUCAGUCUUGCCAAUAGCGAAGUCCGGGAAGCAAGAGAAAGGGUCCUGGAGGAAGUCGAAGAGGCGGCA